UCUAAAAGGGGAGGUAACCACUGCGGAGCCGUUUACAGAACAUGAUUAAACAAACCGCAUAACUUUAUGUCUAUCGUAUUAUGAAGUGACUAAUGUAUUUAAUGGAAAGCAACUGGCAGUUGAUACAGCAACAAAUAUAAAUGGUUGGUAAACUUCUGAAAAGAAUUGUGGGAAGAAAAUUAAUCAAUAUUCAGCAAAUCAAUUUAUCAUAUUGCUUACACUUUUUGAAGCGGUGCUGUCAAGUAUUCAUUAUGAACAUCAAGGAUUUUAGAGCAAAACUGACAGUGGUUUACCUAGGAUAUGUAUCAGAUGUGAUGUUAACCGUUGCUCUUGCAUUAGGGCUGUAUACAGAAUGGACAAACUCGAGUAAUACGGUAGUUCUCCUCAUAUCUCUGUGUGGCUUGUUUGUUUGUGUGAUCUCUUGUGCUUUACAGUAUUACUUUAACUACACAUCUGGUGGUAAAGCAUUGCUCCAUAUUUGGCUUGGAUGUAUACUAGGUGUGAUCACUUUCAAUGAUUCUCAGGAGUACCAGUAUGAAACCCUCCAAGAAUCCAUGAACAUAUUGCUGAUCAGUAGUACUGUCUUUGGAUGGUUUUGGAGUAUAUGUGAACGCUUCUUACAGAAGAAAAAAUACAAUGCUGGUAUGUUUUCACCAGCAGAAUGUCUGGAGAGUUUAGGACUCGCAAUAGGAUCUCUUGUUAUAGGGACUGUUGAUUCAAUAGCUAUCACUAUUUGCAUUGUAGCGUUCAUACUGAAUCUCACAGCUAUUAGAUUAAAGUCAUUACUUGGGGUUUUAACAUUAAUUUCCUUAUUUUCUUUUUUUAUAUUUAUUUUUCUCCCAAGUUUGGCUGGCAUCAGUGACGGUGGAGUGCAUAGGAAUGUAAAUGUGUAUGGCCUAAUGUGUUUUGCUGGACGACAUUUAUUUGAGCCAGUGGUAGAUCUUUAUUUUUCAAAUCUUUCAACACUAGAAAGAUGGCAAGCAUUUUUUAUAAAAUCUGGAUUUACAAGAAGAUUAGUUAUAGCCUUCAUUUUUCUGUUGAAUUUAGUGUCGGGUUCUUUGAUUGGACGACUGUCAGCCAAUCAUAAAGAAUGGUUUGUUGUAGUACCAUUGUUCUCGGUAUUUGCUGUUGUGUGGCUUUGCUUCCAUAUAUUAUAUUUGAUAUCAACCUGGAAGCUGAUGAACAAGAUAACAGAAUGUAAUCUGACAUAUAAUUGUUUAUCAGAAGACAAUCGUAGCAUGAACAGGAUUCUUGCAUCUAAGGGGAUCCGCCAUUUUAGUUUGAUAUCAAGAAGGAUAAUUUUUCUCACUUUAAUAACAACAAUUUUGUUAAUGGGCGUGGGCUGGGAAACAAAAACCAAUUACAGUAUUGGACUUGUGAUGACAAUUUUACCUAUAGAGGCAGUUACGUUGAGUCUGUUUUGGGAACUUGGAGAUAACCUUGGUGGAACAUGUACAGGAUAUGCCCUCAUAGCUCCUCACACUUGUCAAAGGUCAAAUGGAGGAGCAAAGUUGUUGUCAGCUAUGAAUGUUCAGGAGAUAGGUUCUAGAGCUACAGCCACACUGAAUAAGAUUCAGCAGUUCUUUAGUUUUAAUAUGAUAGACAACUAUGGAUGUGAUUUUUCCUCUAGUGGUAUAACAGCGGACUAUCUGAAGUCUAAGGUGAUGCAGUUCUUUGAGCGGAGGACAGGAGAUGGUCCGAGAUAUGACACAUAUUUACUAUAUUACUGCGGGGAUUGUCAUGAUUCUGGUGACUGGGCUCUAACAGGAAAUGGUAGUCUCAAAUUUGACACAUUAAUAGAAUGGUGGACUCAAAAAAAUGGUGAAUCUGGUUCCAGAUUACUUCUAGUUUGUGAUACUCAGCAUUCAUGGCGCUGGGCUCAAGACGUUUCAAAAAUAGAUGACAACUACGUAGCUUUGCAGACUUGUAAAUUCACACGUGUACCAGAUCCAGAAUUUGGUGACAAAUUGACUGUAGGUACGUUUACAGAUGAUUGGGUGACAUAUAAUCUCACGGACGAUAUAGAACCAGCCUGGUCGGAUAAAAAAAGGAUUGUCAGGGGUGUAUACAAGGUUUCAAAAUACUGGACCAACUUUGUUUUUCAUUUACCAACAGUAGAGGAUAUAGAAGAACACUGGGAUAGUAACUUUCCUAAAUUUACUAAACCAUUGAUCAAAGGUGUAAACUUCUGUGAAACAGGAGGUUUAUGUUGUAUUUGUGAUGGUAUAAGACAGUUUGUAAAACGUAAACGAAUGCAGUGGCUACCACCAAAAGCAUCAGAAACUGGACAUGGUUUUAAACUUGUCAGGUCUUAAGUUGUUUGUCUUGCCGUGGAACUUCUGUGUUAAAAUCUGUACUUUUCUUAUCUAUAUACAUCUGUGAUCAAACCAUUUGAAUUGGUUGAUAAACACUGCAUAAUCUUUGUUUUAAUGCCAAUUUAAAAUGUCCUUUUUUGCUAGUUAAAAGGACAUUCCUUUUAAGAGACUAUGUUCAAAUAUUCCACAAAAAAUUACUUAUUAGUAUUAUUUAUUUGUAUUUACGUAAGAACUGUGAAUUGUACAUUUUGAAUAUCUUAUUAAUUUUCUAUAUAUUAAAAUCAAUCUUACAAUAAAAAUGUGCAUUUUAUUACUUGAUAUUUAUCAUUUCUCAGAAAUGGUCGUUGGGUAACCAUGUACCAAGAUUCAUUAUUCAAAUAAUUUCAAGAUGCUAGACAACAAGGCAGUAAAGAUGCAUUCUAUAGAAAUCAUUGAAAAUUAGUUUAAUUAAUUGACGUGUUGGUCAGAUUUGUAUAACAGAAAGGAUUCUUAGGUGACUGUCUUCUAAGAACAUUUAAAUAACUUGUUUUUCCUAAAAAGAAACACACAAAAAAAACAACAACAAAAAAACACAUUUCAUAGCCGCGUAUAAUAGUUGUGUUAGUGUAAAUGUAUCUCUAUAUACAUUUAUAAAAAAACUAUGCUAACUUUGGUUGGCAAAAACAAUGUUAUUACAAACUAAAUUCAGGAUACUUAUAAUUAAGGUCAAAAGAGAAAAUUUGAUUUGACUAACAAUGAUUUCUGUGACAGAUAUAGAUGGGAGACAUUUUCUGACACGAGCUGAUGUUGUUUAAGUUAUUUAUGUACUUGUAUUUAUUUAGUUUGUAUCUGUCCAUCCUGCUGUUCAUUUAUUUUUGAGAUAUCAAGGUGGAUACAUCUGUUAUUUUUUUACCCCUGCCAAAGGCGGAGGGAUAUAAAUUUAGCGCUUUCUGUCUUUCAUCCAGCCUGGAGUAUGUAUGAGCACAAACAUCUUGAUAUAAGGAUGUUUUAAUUGGUGUUUGAAGUAAACACAAUAACUAGUAGCUGACAAGAGAAAACUGUGUAUUUGUGAUUAUUGAACAAACGAAACAAAGUUUAGUAACAAAAUGGCAAAUAUAUUAUUCCACAUCAUACAUUACAUAUCAACUAUAAAAUACAUGUAAAUGUCA